AUGUUGAUAGCUAAAUUAUUCUUUAAUAGUGAAUAUUAUCCAGACGACUCUGCAUCUCACUCGAAUGCCAAGCUUGUCCCACCUCUCUCUAGCCUGCGUAUCUAUGGCCUUGAUCACCUUGAUGCCUUGAUCUAUGGCUGGAGCUUUGAAGAGCUCACGAGCCGCAAAGUAGUUGUCAAAAUGGCGGGUGAAGGUUCGGCUUGCAUAAAUCCAAAUGCAGAAAUUAUUCGUGGACAAGUGUUCGAGGUUGGUCCGCGAUAUACUAAUUUGUCGUAUAUGGGAGAAGGAGCUUACGGAAUGGUUGUAUCCGCAUACGACAAUGUAACAAAAACUAAAGUAGCUAUCAAGAAAAUAUCUCCCUUCGAGCAUCAAACCUACAGCCAGAGGACUCUGCGAGAAAUAAAAAUUCUCACCAGGUUCAAGCAUGAGAAUAUUAUAGAUAUACGGGAUAUACUGAGAGCACCUAGUAUGGAACAAAUGAAAGAUGUAUACAUUGUGCAAUGUUUGAUGGAAACUGACUUGUACAAGCUACUCAAGACUCAGCCUAUUAGUAACGAUCACAUAUGCUACUUCCUGUAUCAAAUAUUGCGAGGGCUUAAAUACAUUCAUUCAGCAAAUGUAUUGCAUAGAGAUUUGAAGCCCAGUAAUCUGCUACUGAACACCACUUGUGACCUUAAAAUCUGCGAUUUUGGGCUUGCCCGAGUUGCGGAUCCUGAUCAUAAUCACGCCGGCUUCCUUACAGAAUAUGUCGCCACUAGAUGGUAUCGGGCACCGGAAAUAAUGCUGAACUCGAAGGGUUACACCAAAUCAAUUGACAUUUGGUCAGUUGGAUGCAUUUUAGCAGAGAUGCUGUCUAGGCGAGCUAUAUUCCCUGGGAAACACUAUUUGGACCAGCUCAACCACAUUCUCGGUGUACUUGGUUCUCCGUCUGCUGAUGAUCUCGAAUGUAUUAUUAAUGACAAGGCUCGUGGUUACCUCCAAUCUUUGCCGUACAAACCUAAGGUUCCGUGGACAAGUCUGUUUCCAAACGCUGACCCGAGAGCCUUGGAUCUUUUGGAUAAGAUGUUAACAUUCAACCCAAACAAACGUAUCAUAGUGGAACAUGCUUUAGCUCAUCCAUAUUUAGAACAGUAUUAUGAUCCAGCUGACGAGCCUGUAGCAGAAGAACCGUUCAAAUUUUCCAUGGAAUUAGAUGACCUCCCAAAAGAAACUCUGAAGCAGUAUAUAUUUGAAGAAACCUUGCUUUUUCAGCAGAAUAAUCAAGAGAAUACCAUAUAGUCCACUGGGCUUGACUCCAAGAAUUGCAGACUUACAGGAAGUUAAUGAACGUGGCAUACCUAACAAGAUGAGUGCCAUCAAGAAUAGAGAAUACGUACUGGGGUUUAAGGUUCGUUAUGUGACUCGGCGCGAGUUAGACAUUGGUUGGUAAGGCACUCGUGCCACACGUAUACACUUGUACAUUCACAUUCUCUACCGAAAUAUAGUGAUUUUUAUCGCACUAAACGCAUAAUAUUAAUUCGUAUUUAUCUAUCCUGAGUUAUCAUAGCUUAUACGCCAUAUUCUACUUUUUAGUAAUUAAUAAUCAGUAAUUACUACAUUCGUGCACUAUCUGUGAUUUAAUUACUGAGCAAUGAGGUGAUUCUGUUAUUUAUAAUAUACCCAGUUCAAAUUUUGUAUAUACAUAUAUAGAUUUAAAAGAAUAUUACAAAUUUUGUUUCAUAGUUUUCAACGGGAUUUACCUUGUUUAUUCGUUCAUCAGUGUAUGUCAAGCAAUAGGCAUGAGAAAUUGACUUUGUAGUCUUUUAGGUACAUACAACACCGAAAAUUAAAAAUUGACAAACAUGUGUUUGUGCAAAAUUUAAUUGAAAUUUGUUAAUUGCGUAAUUUUCGAAAAAUGAAAACUAACUAUAGGCACGCACAUUUUGGCGUUAAAUGUUGGUUUGCUUCUUUCAGAAAUUAUUCGUGUAAAAACUUAUAAUCAAACAUUAAAAUUUAAUCAAACCUAUCACGAUAUUAUGCGAUACUCUAACUACUACAAUCCACCAUCAUUCAGAUAGCCUGGUGAUAUCAGGCACUGCGAGAAAGUAAUUACAAGAAUAUCUGCGGGGGACUUAUCAAAUUCUUUCAACGAUCACAAAUUUUCGAAAUUUACGAACAAAAAGUGACACUCAAACAAGGUUUAUUCUGUCAGUUUCAACUCAAAGUGAUACCGCUAAUACCACAUGAAGAAAGAUUUCGUUCACUUCUUAGUUGAGACUAUAAUAUGCAAAUAAUGCAAAUAUUUCUUCAGGACAAUUGAAAACCAACAGAACAUGCUUCACUUGAUUCCUCGUUUUGACUACGGACUAUGAGAAAUAUCUAAUAAAUUUAGGAAUUGGAUUAGUGAUUACAGAAACAUUUACCUCUGGACUUAGAAUGAUUAAUGACGUUAAAUUAAAAAAGUACUAAAGAUUUCUGUUCAAUGAUGCAAGUUCUGUAAAAUAAUUAACAAUAAGACGUGGUAAGCUUCAAACGAAAGUCACCAUUAUGAAACCAUCACGACAAUCUGUCAUUCGAUUUUAUGAUAUUUUCCCUCGUAACAGGUAGAAUUAUCAUCAUGUACUAAUGUAUAUUGUGCGCAAUUGAGAGGUAUACGACGAAUUUGUUUUGGUAAAUGAAAAAUAAUACGAGACAAAAAAAAUGUCGCCAAACAGAAGCUUUAAUUAUUGAAGAUUCGGCACAUCUAUCUGUAUAUGUAGGGUAUCUUGGAUAGAUCGACAUUGGGAGCAAAAGGAUAGUAUUUAAUUUCAUAACUUUACGUAUUGCUGUGGCAAUUUAAUGAUGUGGCAUUGUUUGUCUUGCAAAUUUCUACUCAGAUAUCAUACAAUUCAAUCCAUUAAUUAUCGUCACGUAUCUUUAGAUCAUAAGAUAAAAAUAUGUUUUGCAUGAUAUACAUAAUUAUCUCAUU